AUGAGUGCAAUAACCAAGCCAACCAGCUUGGGCAUUAGCCUGGCCCCCGCUCUGAUGCUGGCACCGCUCCAUCUCCACAGCUCCUCCGCAUCCGUGAAGCCGGUCGAUCCCUGUAUUAAGCACCACCUGGAUGUAUCCGCACCCGGCUUAGUUCCACGCUGCCCCCCACUCCCAGAGUCCACACACAACCUGCUGUCGUAUCUGCAUAUGGUACACAAGUGA